AAUUGUUAUAUUGAUGUCACUUUUAUGAGCCAUAAAGGACAUGAGUAUCAGACACCGUGUUUGUCAAGUUCAAGACAGUAAUAAGAUCAGUUGUUCAAAAGUGGAAAUCCAUUAGGUCGCUAUUUUUAUAUGCAAACAAGCAUGUAAUUUAAUCUCCAGGAAUAUUAUCACCUAUCCGUUUGGAAAUAAAUUCAGGGUUCUUUACAAUAAUAAUGAAAAAAAAAAUAACGUUAACGCAGCAGAGGGCUCAUGGGGAAUGUAGUUCUUAAGUCUCGACUAAGUGCAGAGUUGUGCUACAUUUCCCGACGUAAUGAUCUGACAACCGGCAUCUGAAGACACUUCUUGGCCGAGGCUGACACAGAGUCUUCAUUUUAGCUUUUGCUUCACGACUCGCUAUAACGGCCAUGAGGAAACUUUGGACCAAAGUGGGCGUCUUUGGCUCCGUGACCAUCGCCUUCGGGUCGGUGUGGUGGUGGAGGCAGAGGAGCGCCGACGGCGGCUCCAAAGCGUCGCCGUACGAGCUCAAACUGGUUCAAGUGCUGUUCCGGCACGGCGCUCGGACGCCGCUUAAAUCCAUACCUGACGUGCUGCAGGCGCAAUGGGUGCCGACCCUGUUGGAGCCCCCGGCCCACACGCACAUCGACUACGUGGUGACGGACCUCGACGGGGGGCCCCGACCGCCGUCUCCGCUGGAGGACAGCUACAGGAAGAAGAAGCUGAGCGGCGGCGUGUUCGCCGGUCAGCUGACCACGCUGGGCAUGCAGCAGCUCUUCGAGCUGGGCGAGAAGAUGAGGAGGAGAUACGUGCAGGAGGUUCCCUUCCUCAGUCCGACCUUCUGCCGCGAUGAGGUCUACGUGCGGUCCACCAACAUUGUCAGGACCAUCGAGUCUGCCAAGUGCCUGUUGGCAGGGCUCUUCCAGCAAAAACAAAAAGAAAUCGUUCCCAUCUUAACCACAAACGCGGAGUCGGAAAUCCUGUACCCCAACUACCACGGGUGCCGGCUGCUCAGAACGCUCAGCGGCGCCCGCCUCCAAGAGGUGGUCCUCCUGCCGGACGUGGCGGCCGACCUGAAGAGCAUCCGCCGCGAGUUGGGCAUCGGCAACAAACCGGACGUGGACUUUGUCCUCAUCAGGGACGACAUGGUCGCGAGACAGGCUCACGGGCUGCCCUCCCCCCCCGCGCUGGACACGUGGAGAAGCCGAGUGGAGCAGAGAGCCGUGGACACGAUGCUGUACUGCUACCAACCCAGCAAGAGGGAGAACUUGCAGUUGUGCGUGGGACCUCUGCUGCACAUGUUCUUGCUCAACAUUGAGCAGAAGCUGCAGGGGAGUUCGGCAGAGCCCAACAGGAAGUUGUUCCUGUACUCGGCCCAUGACACCACUUUGAUCCCGUGCCUGAUGGCGCUGGGAAUUUUCGACAUGAAGUGGCCGCCGUACGCCGCCGACGUCACGCUGGAGCUCCACCAGCACCGGCGCACCAAAGAGGCGUUUGUCAAAGUGUCCUACAUGGGCCAGGAUCAACUUAUUCCUGGCUGCAGCGGCCUCUACUGCCCCCUGCAGGAAUUCCAGAAGGUGCUUUCAGCGUACUCGCUGGACGGCGACCUUUACCGGUCGCUUUGCAACAGCGCGGGCGACCCGUCGAAACUCUGAACACGUGCGCCGUCGUAGCAAUUGCACAUCAUGUCCACAUCGACUAGUGUUUUGUUUUGUUUGGUUUUGCUGACAAACCGAAUGUCGCUUCAUUCCUCAGGGGAAGACUUAAAUGACAUUUUUAUACACAAAUGAGGUUGUGUACAACAGUCACUUGCAGUGUGUUUAUAUAAACAAGCAU